AAAAAAACCACUUCUCAAAAUAAGCUAAUUUUUGCAGCUUCACCAGACCGGCUAUAAGCCUCAAAACAAACCAUUCAAACUACGAAAUCUUCCCCAUGGUGUUCUCAUUUUGUUCAUCAACUCACGCCAUUUCCUUUUUCUCCUCUCUACUCCAAAAAUAUGCAUCUCUGGUUCCCAUUAAUACGUGACGCUUGUCUUUUAUUCUAUCUUAUAUUUACUGGUCAAAUAAGCAACCUUGUUUCUACGUCAAACACUCCAAAACAACAGCCUUUUGAUUCACGUUAAGCAACAGAUUUUUGGUUAGUGUUGUUGUUGUUGUUGUCCUUCUUCUUCUUCUGUCAAGAAUGGGUUCGCUUCCGGCCCUCGACGAGCCAAGCUGGACAUACCCUUUAGCUCGCCGAGAUGAAUCUGUCUUUGAUAAUUAUCAUGGUGUCAACAUUCCCGAUCCUUAUAGAUGGCUGGAGGAUCCAGACUCAGAGGAGACAAAAGAUUUCGUUGAAAAGCAGGUGACUUUGACUGACUCAGUGAUCAAAAUGUGCGAGACAAGAGAAAAGCUAAGGAAAAAACUCACGAAAUUGUUCGAUUUUCCUAAGUAUGAAAUUCCUUUUAGGGCAGGUGAUAAGUAUUUCUACUUUCACAAUUCUGGCCUUCAACCUCAAAAAGUCCUUUACGUUCAGGAUAAUUUGGAUGGAAAACCAGAGGUAUUGCUUGAUCCAAACACAUUUAGUGAGGAUGGCACAGUUGCAUUAAGUAUAUGUGCAAUUAGUGAGGAUGCUAAGUAUUUGGCAUAUGGUAUCAGUUCAAGUGGUAGUGAUUGGGUGAUAAUUAAAGUUAUGAGGGUGCAGGAUAAGUGUGACGAGCCUGAUACAAUUUCUUGGGUUAAGUUCUCAAAAGUCAGCUGGACUCGAGAUAGUAAAGGAUUUUUCUACAGCCGUUAUCCAGCUCCCAAGAACGGAGAAAAUUUGGACGCAGGGAGAGAGACAAAUGUAAACUUGCACCACCAAGUGUAUUAUCAUUUCUUGGGCACUGAUCAAUCUAAUGAUAUUUUGUGUUGGAAAGAUACAGAAAAUCCAAAGCAUAGACAUAUGGCUUCAGUUACUGAAGAUGGAAAGUAUGUUCUCCUAUAUACUUUUCGGAACUGUGAUACUGUCAACAAAUUACAUUACUGUGACUUAUCUACACUGCCUAAUGGAAUUGAAGGUUAUAAAGGAAGAAGCGACGCGCUUCCUUUUAACAAGCUUGUCGACCAUUUUGAUGCAUCUUACGAUUAUGUUGCACAUAACAACUCCAUUUUCACUUUUCUAACUAAUAAAAAUGCUCCCAAGUACAAAUUAGUCAGAGUGGAUGUACAAAAGCCUGAUUUUUGGUUUGAUAUUAUCGACGAGGAUGAAAAGGAUGUGCUUCAAUCAGCUGUUGCUGUUAAUGGAAAUCAACUUAUUGUGAGUUAUUUGCGAGAUGUGAAAAAUGUGUUGCAGUUAAGAGAUUUAGAAACAGGAGUCUUGCUUCAUCAUUUACCUAUUGAUAUUGGCAGAGUAUCAGGAGUUUCAGCUCGUCGCAAAGAUAAUUCUGUUUUUAUUGGAUUUAUGAACUUCUUGAUCCCUGGAUUAAUAUAUGAGUGUAACCUCAAGGGUGAAGUUCCUGAUCUUAAAGUAUUUCGAGAAAUCGUUGUCCCUGGCUUUGAUCGGACAGAAUUCCAAGUUAAUCAGGUAUUUGUGCCUAGUAAAGAUGGUGUCAAGAUACCUAUGUUCAUAGUUUCUAGAAAGAACAUUUCUUUGGAUGGAUCCAACCCUUGUUUAUUAUUCGGAUAUGGAGGAUUCAAUGUUAGUCUUACACCAUCUUUUUCUGCUGCUCGAGUUGUGCUCGCAAAGCAUUUAGGUGUAGUUUUUUGCAUAGCAAAUAUUCGUGGUGGUGGAGAAUAUGGAGAAGAAUGGUAUAAAGCUGGUGCUCUUUCCAGAAAGCAAAAUUGCUUUGAUGAUUUUAUUUCUGCUGCUGAAUAUCUUGUAACUUCUGGUUAUACACAACCCCAUAAAUUAUGUAUUGAAGGUGGAAGUAAUGGUGGCCUUCUUGUUGGAGCCUGCGUCAAUCAGAGACCUGAUCUAUUUGGAUGUGCUCUUGCUCAUGUUGGUGUUAUGGAUAUGCUUAGAUUUCACAAGUUCACUAUAGGCCAUGCAUGGACUUCUGAUUUUGGCUGUUCAGAUAAGGAGGAAGAGUUUCAAUGGCUAAUCAAGUAUUCACCACUGCAUAAUGUGAGGAGGCCAUGGGAACAAUUUGCUAUUAAAGCAUAUCAGUAUCCUUCAAUCAUGUUAUUGACAGCAGAUCAUGAUGAUCGAGUGGUUCCAUUGCACUCGUUGAAACUGUUGGCUACUAUGCAAUAUGUCCUGUGCACUAGCGUGGCGAAAAGUCCACAGACCAACCCCAUCAUCGGUAGAAUCGAACGCAAGGCUGGUCAUGGAUGUGGACGUCCAACACAAAAACUUAUUGAUGAAGCUGCAGACAGGUAUGCAUUCAUGGCUAAGGAGUUAGGUGCUUCUUGGUUUGAGUAGAUGAUCUUGGUGUAAGCCAUCAUAAGGAAAAUGGUGGAAGAACGAGCUAGUCGCGUUUUGCGGUCCUCACAGUUGGUACUUCAUUUCCAAAUAAAAGAAUCUGCUCACAAAAACAGAGUUCUCGGAAAUAAAUAAAAGUUUCAAUAAACAAUAACAGCAAGGUCUCAGUCCCAAAAUUUCAUCCUAUGACGCAUACAACAGGUUGCACCAAAGGAGGUUGUAAAAUCAUGUUCAAAUGAAAGUCCCUGGAUCCACUAGAAUUAUAGUCCUCUCAUUCUGCCUGAAAGCAGUCCAUUUUCACGUCUGUAACAUCGAGUUGCAAUAUCUCUGUUCUGCAACCAAGAAUUGAACCAACACUGCAGCACACAAAAAGAUUUGUAAAUUUAUGGUUGAAGAGCUGAUAAUUAGAUCAACAGAGCACAAUACAAUAUGUCUCGGGCUGAAUUAAAUCUCUUAUUGUUGACACAAACAGCACCAGGCUCCUCAUCCAAAUCCGUAUAACAAUUCAAAUAUCAGCUAUAGACCAUGAAUUUAAAAGUUUCUGGAGUUGGCCUUGCAGUGAUUUAUCCACAACUUUGUAACUAACUAUAAAUGUUGCCCAUAAAGUAGAAGAUUAUAGCUAAAUGGUGAACUAUUCCAGCUUCUACUGAGCUGCCACGGUCCAUUUAUGCAACCCCUAUCAAACAGACAUGGUUAACUCAUUAUCGGGUAGUGGAAGGAUAUAUUUGCCCAAUGGUUUGGCUCAAUUUUCCAGGAACUCAUCCUCCAUCGAAGGAGAGUGAGUUUCGGUUUUAUAUGUAGUAACCUAACCCUUUUUUUUAUUAAGUGUGUGUAGUAAAAAUAUUAUUGAGUUUGAACCUAUUAAAAAAAAUAUUGAGUUUGAUCGUA